GGAUUCAUGCCCUGAGAAAGUGUUGGAACUUUCCUCCAAUUAGUAGAAAAAUUUAUUAUGCCAAAGACCAUUUACUCGUAUGAAAUUAAUGCAGCCAAUGCCUUUAGCUGAAACUGGUUCCGCUCUAGCAGCAGAAAGGAAAAUUGCAUCACAUGACCUAAGACACAAACACCUUCUACCUCGAGCCCUUACAGCAGUAAACAGGCAAAGCUGUGCAGCCUCGGAUCUGCGCUUAUGGGACUGAAAAUGUGCACGGUGGCCUUGUUUCGCUGGCCUACUUUCCGAUCUGAGCAGCUCUCUCGAGGCCCAUGUGGAGCAGGCAGUGUCUGUCUCCCCCGUCCACUUCGCAGGCUCCACCUUGAGGGAGCUGGCCACAGGCGGGGCUAAUGCGCUCUGCGCGUGGUAAGUGGUCACUAGUUAUUUAUGGCGGUGAAAGGACACUGAGAUCGUCGUUUCUGGGAUUUGAGCGCCAUGAGCCCUACGUGAAACGCCAGGGGAACACGAGAAAGGCCGUAAGCGGCACUGAGCAUGCGCAGCAGGCCGCUCGUCUCCCCCCCCCCCCCUCCCCAGGCCUCCGGAAGUGGAGCUCCGGAAUUGGCGUCCGUGCGGGAAGUGGAGUCUCGGGAUUCGGAGUCCGGGCGUGGUGACGCGCGAACGCGGGAAUACGCGAGGACGCAGGCGGGUCUUAGAGAGAGUGAGUUUCCGCGUCUCUUUGGCUAAGUGUGUGGCGUCGCUUUUGUGCGGCGUAUGCCGCCGCUUUCCGGGACCGCAGAUGGAGGGGCCGGGGCUGAGAUCCGGGCUGGCGCGGGCCGGGCGGAAGCUCUGCUUUGAGGCUAGGGUCCGCCGGGCGGAAGCGCUGCUGUGAGACCCGGUGGGAGGUCGGAGCCGGCGAGGUCUGCUCUGGGUCUUCUUUGCCCCUCAGGCUUGGGGGCCCGGGGGAGGCGGCACGGACCAAUCUCACCGGGAUCGCUUGCCCGGGCGCAUGGACGUCCGGGCUUCCUUGAUGGGCUUUUGAUAGAUUCCUCUGCUGUCAGGAAGGUUGAGGCGAAAUUGCAUCAGCCACAGAGCUUGCAGUGGCAGGUGUUUUGGGGGGACCGCCGGUCCGUGUCAGUACGCAGGCCCAUGCUAACCCAAGAAAGGCUGUUCCAUGUUGUAGGGGACAGAAAUACAUCUGUCCGAGGGACUCAUCUCUUUUCUGCUCACACAAAAAGCUCGUAUCGUAUGCUUUUCUGUUGUUCCAAGCUAGUCAUUAAUUAUUUUGUUUAAACUGUUAAUGUAGAAUUAUUGCAGUUAAGAUUCAGUUGUCAGGCUAUUUUAAAGUCCCUUUCAGUGGGUUCGAGGCACCCAGAUUUUUGUUUUGUUUUCUUUUGAUGUGUGUGUGGGGUGUCUAGUUAUCAUCCCUCUACUUUUUACUCCAAUGUUCUAGCCUCCUUUACCUUCUUCCUGCUUCUGUUGCUGAUUCUGCUUCCACUCUUCUAGUGUUCUGACUCAUUUCAGGAGAGCAGGUGGUCCUCAGAAUAGUCAAGCUUUGGUCCCAGAGUUGUCCGAUUAUCAGCAUCUUCUGGGAAAUAGUUGGCAAUACAGAUUUUGGUGUCAUAACUCUUCGAGCAAGCCUUCCGGUCCAUUUCAGUGCUUCUGGGUGCUAAAUUUCAUGAAUAACUUAGCCAUAAAAAGUACUCAUUGUGGAGUCACAGAUGAUGUUUGAAUAGGGUGAGGUAUUUCCUGGGUAUGGAACCUUGAGCAAAUCACUUUACUGUGACUCCAUAGUGCUAAGCAUUCCAUGUGAAAACAAGGAGGUAGCACUAAUGCAUCAAUGUUAUGUUACUCAAAAGUCAGGCAUUACUAAGUUACCAGACCUGCCUGCAGAAAGCAGAUUGUGGAGGAGGGACAAAUUGUUGGGUUAGAUAGGAGUUUGAGUGCACGGAUAUUGUGACUGCUGCCUAAAGGAGACUUCUUUUAUCCCAGUCACGUUCUGAAUAGUGAAAAUGUAGACAUAGGACAACUUUUUAGCUGGAUGUGGUGCCUCACACCUGUAAUUCCAGUGCUCUGGAGGCUGAGGCCAGGAGAGAUCACAAGUUGGAGGUGCUGUUCUCUGUGUCCCUUCCUGGGUUCCUAAUCCCCAGUCACAGUUCCCCCACCUGUGCUCCUGAUACCCAGUCAUGCAUCGGAGAUCAAGAGGGAUCAACGUCGGGCUCCUUAUGCUCCUUUCCCAAGUGUUCCAUGUUGGGAUCAACAAUAUCCCACCUGUUACCCUGGCAACGUUGGCUCUCAAUGUCUGGCUCUUCCUGAAUCCUCUGAAGCCCCUGUACCAUUCCUGCCUCAGCGUGGAAAAGUGUUACCAGCAAAAAGACUGGCAGCGUUUGCUGCUUUCCCCCUUGCACCAUGUCGAUGACUGGCACCUGUAUUUCAACAUGGCGUCCAUGCUCUGGAAAGGGAUAAAGCUGGAAAGAAGACUGGGGAGCAGGUGGUUUGCCUACGUCAUCACCACCUUCUCCCUCCUCACCGGGGUGGUAUAUUUGCUCCUGCAGUUUGCUCUUGCUGAAUUCACGAAUCAGCCCGACUUCAGAAAGAGCUGUGCUGUCGGUUUCUCAGGAGUUCUGUUUGCCUUGAAAGUUCUUAGCAACCAUUACUGCCCUGGCGGCUUUGUCAACAUUUUGGGCUUUCCUGUCCCCAACAGAUUCGCUUGUUGGGCAGAGCUGCUGGCCAUUCACUUCUGCUCCCCAGGGACUUCCUUCGCUGGGCAUCUGGCCGGCAUCCUUGUUGGACUGAUGUACACUCAGGGGCCUCUGAAGAAAGUCAUGGAGACAUGUGCAGGCCUUUUUUCCUCCAAUGUUGGGUAUCCAGGACAGCAGUACUACUUUAAUAGUGCAGGCCCCUCUGGAUAUCAGAAUCACUACCCAGAUGGCAGACCGAGGGCCUAUGAAGAAACUCAUAGGAACUAUGAUGUCUAUACAGCAGGACUGAGCGAGGAAGAGCAGCUGGAAAGAGCAUUAAGAGCCAGCCUCUGGGACCGAGGAAAUACCAGAAACGGCCCCACACCCUAUGGGUUCCGACUCACGCCAGAAGAAGAGAUGAGGAGACAGCGCCUUCACAGAUUUGAUGGCCAGUGACGUGGCACCACGCCUGGGAAGACAUGGCCCAGCUGUGGGACUGUAGCCCAUUCAGCUUGCUCCCCAAGCCCCUAAUUGGCUUUAAACAAAGGCAGAGCUUACCAUUAUUGUUGCAGAUCACUCAUGUCUGCCAUGAACUGCCACUCCAUGGCCCCUCUAUGUCCAGAUUCCCAAGCUCAGCUGACACAUCUGGAAACCAGGCUUGUCCCAGGAAGUGCACAGCUUUCCCUGAGUGGCCCGUCUGGUCCUAUGCUCUCUCCUAAACCAAAGGUCACCUCUUCAGCUGGGACCAGUUUUCACACUCCCUUCCUUUCCACCUGACUCAGUGGCACAUCUACAUUGGGGUUGAAGACUGUGACCUUCUUAGGAAAUACGUUUUCACCAGGUGAGAGGAUCAGCUCUCACUCUGCCUGGUACACUGGGUGCUCGGCUUGGCAGGAGGUGCACUGCCACUCUUGGUCCUCCUGGCAUGUUUCCAUGGUGAUGUGGGAAGACAAUGUGGCUGCCUUCCCAGGAUAUUCCAUCCUCUUUCACGCAGGCCCCGCGGGGUGCUUUGUCUUGUAUGUAGAAUAUCUGACGUGAAGGGGAACAGGAAAGACACCUCCUAACUCGUCAGAUAUCCCGUGGCACCAGCAGUUUGGGUUCACAGCCACCCCUCCAGGAGCAGGAGACUUGUUAACUCCUUUGCAGAGCAGCAAGAAGCACGUGCCACAUUACAGAGCAAAGUGGAGAUAUCCAGUGGAUUUCUCACUUGGAAUCCCAUUUGCAGGAAGUAUUUUUUUUCUUCAUAAAGUGCCUUUUCAUUGGCCACUGUGGCUGCUGUCUGUUAUAAACAAGUGUCCAAAAAAUGCCCCCAGAGAACUGCAGUGUUUAAUACACAGAUUGUCCAAGUCACUUAAGGGAUUUCUGUUGCUUGUGUUCUGAGAAUAAAAGGACAAAGCCAGAAUAUCGAUCGCUACUGCCUCACUGUCGUGGAGCGUUUAGUUAGGAGGGAGUCAGGAGCAGCAAAUGAUGCUCCCAUUUUAACUCACCAUUCAUGUAGAGUUUUCUAUUAUAAAAAUUGUAGACAGGCUUUCUUAAUACACAAUGCAGACUGUUAAUACAGAUUGGCUUUGGAGGGGGAGUGUGUGGGACCUGACUUUCUUUGUUUACAGUUUUAUAUUCUAUUUUCAAAUGUGUGUAUAUGUGCUUUCAGAAAACUAAUUAUAUAAUAAAUCAAGAAACAUGUAACCAGUAAAA